GAUCAAACAGUCAACCAUUGGUUGUGCCAGAUGAGAAUGCUUCCGCUUGCUUGCUACGGUCACAAUGUAUUCAAUAGAUCUCUCCACUAUGACAUUUUCCCAGGACGGAGCCAUACCCUCAAUGACUAUCGUUGUCCAGUAUCUACACCAGCCAGUGACACUAGAGGGCCUGAUGACAUCAAGCGAUCAAAGACAUUACACGUCAUUAACCUGCAG